CUGUACACACAACUUCAGUGGGAAAUUUUCAGCUCGGAUGAAGAGACGGGCAUUAGCAAAAAGCUAUAUGCUAAGGAACAUAAAACAAACAGAAAAGAAAUAGCUUUAUAUACUGGAAACCUGUACAGGGAGAGCUGGGAUUUGGUGUUUGUAGCAUUUUCUUGUGAAACUGGAUGUUAUUUAUAUUUGUUUUCUGUAGAAGAGAGCUGAAGCAGCAGCAACGGGACAAGCUGGGCGCUGAGCUCGAGCCAGGAUCCCCACAAAAUAGCUGAAAUUCCAACUGACUUUACUGCCUCUGGGCUACUCUGGAAUCAAGUAAAAUUAGCAAACAUUCUGUGCUGCAAGGACACCCUUGUGAUGUCAUACGAGGGAGACCUAGAGCAGGCCGGCACUGGAGAGAGUUUCUGGGAGCCAGGGAAUUACAAAAGAACAGUGAAACGUAUUGAUGACGGCUACAAGCUGUGUAAUGAGCUGGUCAGCUGUUUCCAGGAGCGAGCGAAAAUAGAGAAGGGUUACGCCCUGCAGUUGACUGACUGGUCCAAGAAGUGGAGGAGCAUCAUUGAGAAAGGGCCACAGUACGGCACGCUGGAGAAGGCCUGGCAUGCCUUCAUGAAUGCUGCAGACCGGCUCAGUGACAUCCACACGGAGCUGAAGAGCCGCCUGGCUGUGGAGGACAGCGAGAAGGUACACAACUGGCAGAAGGAUGCCUAUCACAAGCAGAUGAUCGGGGGCUUUAAGGAGACCAGGGAGGCAGAGGACAGCUUCCGUAAAGCACAGAAACCCUGGGUCAAAAAACUGAAGGAUGUCGAGGCUGCAAAGAAGAGCUACCACCAGGCCCGGAAAGAGGAGCGUACUGCAUUAACUCGCGAGACCCAUGCCAAGGCAGACUCCUCCAUGUCCCAGGAGCAGGUGCGCAAGCUGCAGGACCGGGUGGAGAAGUGCACCCAGGAAGCUGAGAAGACCAAGGAGAGGUAUAACAAGGCUCUGGAGGAGAUCAACAGGUACAACCCCCGAUACAUGGAAGACAUGGAACAGAUCUUUGAGCUCACCCAGGAGGCUGAAAAGAAACGGCUGCAAUUCUUCAAAGAGGUCCUUAUGGAUGUUCACCAGCACCUUGACCUCUCCAGCAAGGACAGUUUCCGCUCCCUGUACCGAGACCUUAAUCAGACCAUUAUGGCAGCCAGUGACCAAGAGGAUCUGAAGUGGUGGAGAAGCACACACGGACCGGGCAUGAACAUGAACUGGCCACAGUUUGAGGAGUGGUCUCCUGAGGCAACCCGAUCGAUCAGUCGGAAGGAUAGAAACAGCAAAGCAGAGGAUGUUGUGACAUUGACCAACAUUGUACCCACUGGGGAGGAGAUCACACAGACAGCACAGGAGCUAAACAGGUCUAAUGUAGAGGAUGAUGGUAACCAUUACUGUGAGAGCUUAUCAGUGCAACCUGAACAAAUAAGCACCAAAGAUUACUCCUCGGACUGGUCCGAUGAAGAAAGCCCCAAAAAAUAUAUCGGCACCAAUGGUGUGGAGGAGGACGUGAAGGUACUGGGUGUGCGAGUAAAAGCGUUGUAUGAUUACAUGGGGCAAGAGGCAGAUGAGCUGAGCUUUAAAGCAGGUGAAAAGUUAAUGAAGAUUGGGGAAGAGGACGAGCAGGGCUGGUGCAAAGGUCAGCUUGAAAACGGACAAGUUGGACUUUAUCCUGCUAACUAUGUUGAGCUGAUUGGGUCGUGAUGAGCAGUUCCUGACGUUCUGCAGCCGUUCAUAUCGAGGCCAAUGCAGACUGAGAGACAAUAACUGAUCUUUGAGUCAGAGGGGAUUUUGACUCCCAACCCUGAAGCUAGUUCCAGGUCAUGUGGUUGAAGUUUUCUGAAUUAUACAAACCUAUUGAAUGCAAAACCAAAUAAAUCCAGCUAAUUCCAUUGUGAAGCAGGACACUUCUCAAGAAUGUUGCGUCAUGGAGUAUAACUAGCUUGGGUUUGCAGCUGCUUUUCGCGUCCUUGGACGUUAUCAGAUUCAGGAUUCGGAAGUCUAGUUACAACCUCUUUUGACAAAGAAAACAAAAAGUCGUAUACUGCUUUUACAAAGUCUGUAUGUAAAUCUUUGAAAAGCCUUGAUAUCGAAAACCCCAGUUACUAUCCGCGGUUUCUAUUGGUUUUUACUUUGUGUCUGUGUGUGAGUGUCACAUUCAUAAAUGUAUUUACAAGUAUCUGUCUAGAGAGGAGAAAUAUGUGUUCUUUCUAACAUUUUAUAGUAAUGUAGAUUUUGUUUGUUUGCUAAUAAACAAAUUGAAAGGCAGAAUGGUGCACUAGCCUUUAAUGCUUGUUAAAUAUUUCAAAUUGGAUUCUCUGGAUUCCCUACUGAACAGGUUUUUACAUGGAGAAUUUACAAGUGAUUUUGCACUGGCUUCAUCCCAUAGUCCUGUAUCAAAUGAUUAGUUCAAUAUACUGUUUCGUCCCAUACUGGUGUACCUAGGCCUUGGGUUCUUGACACUAAAGCAGUGGGUGCUGCUAUAGGGAAGCCAGACCUGCCUUUUGGCUCAAUGUUCAGUGCUAGCUUUAAUGUAGCUUUCAGGUGAGAGUUUUGGAAUUGCUGCUUUUGAGGAUUAAAUUUUGUCCUUGAACGUGUG